GCUUUUCAAUAUAUAUAUAUAUAUAUACAUAUAUCCAAGUUGUCAGUUCAAAGUCCGAGUCCUAAAGAAAAGACCGAAAGUCACCUCUUUUUUCUCUUCUGAUUGCAUGCACUCUUCGCGCCCUUUUAUCUUCUCUUCUCUUCUUCUCAAUGCUUCACCCUGCAACCCAGCCUUUGAUCAUUGGAGGUGAGUCUCUCCAUGUAUCAGACCCAGACGCACUCUUUACGUUUUCUCUUAAUAAAGAUUGAGUCUUUUUGAGGACCAAUGAUGGACUAUAGCUUGCCCGUAGCGAGGAGGACCAGGCAAGGGCAAGCCCUAAUUUUCAAGCAGUAUAAUGAGGAGAAGAAGAAGGGGAAGGAGAGGAAGGGGAGGGAGCAGAAUAAUGGGGUUGAGUCGGUCAGUUCGAGUGGGCGUGGUAGGGCUAAUGGGGAGGAAUUGGCUGAGAUGGUUAAAGGGGUUAGUGGGUCCGAUAGAUUAGGGGCUAAUCAUAGAAUAGAGACUGAAAGUGAGACUGUUGCGGUGUCUGAUAGUAGUGUGGAAGAGAUUGGUGGGAAUGAUUGGGGUGAAGAAGGCAGUGGCGUGGGCGAGGAGAGUAUGGGGUUGAAGAAUAACGAAAAUUCUAAUAUGGGUUUUGAGGGAAUGGUCCAUGUGGAUGAAAUUGUGGUGGAUGAUAGCGAGGAUGAUGAGGUGGUAUUUUUGGGUGAAGGGGACAUGAAUUGUUCAAGUCUGAGAUCAGGGGCGGAGAGAGAUGAGGGUGUUGUUUAUAUUGACGUUGAUGAUGGGGAUGUUUUGAGUGGGGAAGAUGUGAACAACCCAAGUGGUCUGAAUUCUGAUGGGAGGAGGGGUAGUGAUGAAAUGGCUCCAUCCUUGACAAGAAAGGGUGAGAGUAGUUGCUUGAAUUUUGAUUAUAGGAAGAGUAGUGGUGUGGUGGGCAGGACUCUAGGAUUUUUGAAAAGGAAUGAAGAUGAGGAUGGUGGCAAUGAUGCUGUGUGGGGUAAAUCUUAUGCUUCGGAAAGAAAUAAGGAUGAGCAUGGUGAUGACAAUGUUGUUUUGGAUGGGUUAAGAAGGAAUGAGGAUGAUGAUGGUGGUGGCAAGGAUGUUUCGGUUGAUUCAGUUGGGACGGAGACAUCCUUGGAAUCAUCCUCUAGUGAAGAGGGCAGUGAUGAUGAGGAUUACAAUGUGGGAAAAUUGGAAAGCUGUGGGGAAUCAUCCUCUAGUGAAGAGGCAAGUGAUGAUGAGGAUUACAAAGGGGAGAAAUUGGGAUGCUGUGGCGGUUGUCAGCAAUUGAGUUCAGAUAGCAGGGUUGAAGAGGAGAAGACAGAGGAAGAUGCUGAGGGGAGAGAGAUUAUGAAGGGAGGAAGUCGUAAGAGGGGAAGGCCAAAAGGAGUUGAUGUGGGGUUGAAGAGGAGGAAAUAUGGAUUGGAUAUCUUAGUUGAUUCAGAGAAUGAGGAAGACAGCAUUAAUGAUGACGAAGACGGUUCUUUAAACAUCAGUCAUGAGCUUUAUUGUGUGGCACAGAGAACCCGUUCAAAGAAAAAGAAAAAGAAAAAGAAAAAGAUGGAGGCUGGAACUUUCAGUCACCCAUUAUGCAUUGAUGAGGAGGAAGUGGAGUCUUCAUCCGGGCAUGAUGACAGUGAUGAUAGCGGGGAUGAUAUUGUUGGCAGUGAGGAAUAUUGGUCUAAUUAUGAGAAUGAAGAUAAUUUUAGUGAUGAUGAGCCUUAUCAUGGUAGUAAAAAAACUCUGUCCUGUAGUGGGAAAUUUAAGACUAACAAAGGUUAUGAUGAUGAAUGUGUGCAGAAAGUACAUGUGAGGGAUGAAGGGAAGUUGAGGAUGUCCUGUAGUGGGAAAUUUAAGACUAACAAAGGUUAUGAUGAUGAAUGUGUGCAGAAAGUACAUGUGAGGGAUGAAGGGAAGUUGAGGACGGCCACCAAGGGAAAGAGCAUCGACUUGGUGAAAAACUGUAAUGCUUUGAAGAUUCUUGUAGAUUCCAUUUUGGAGAAGGGAGAAGUUCCAUUGGAAGAGUUGGAAUCUUCUAAAGAUGAUGCUUGCAAAGAUGAAAAUUAUUCAGCCGUUGCCAAGAUGUCUCUACCUUUGAAGUUCACUUUUGGUGUUGUGGAGUCAAAUCCAUCAAAGAAAUCAGAAGACCAGAAAGAAAUGGAUGGACUUUGGGCUGACUUUGAGUUGGCUCUCAUAUGUAGUGAAAUUGGUUCAGUCGAUCCUGCUAAGGUUGAAGAUGAAGAUUCCCUUCCUCCAAAGAAUGGCUUUGAUAGAGCUACCCUUUGUCACGUGGGUAAUCAUGAGCUUAUUCUUGAUGAACAAGUUGGACUAAGAUGUGCAUUUUGCUCCUACAUCAAAAUGGAGAUCAAGUAUAUUCUACCAUCUUUUAGUACACAUCCUUGUGGAAAAUCAGACAGGAGAGACCCAGGUGGUGAAAUGAACCACUCCAUCUUUGAUGACCUAUGGCCUCAAGAUUCUGGUUGUGAUUCCCAUUCUGUCUAUGAUCGCCAAGCUCAUUCUGAAGCCACUGUGUGGGACAUCAUUCCUGGUAUAAAAAGUAGUAUGUACCCGCAUCAACGUGAUGGUUUUGAAUUUAUUUGGAAGAAUAUAGCUGGAGGAAUUUAUCUUGAUAAGUUGAAAAAUCAAACAACAACUUCUGGUGGGAGUGGGUGCAUUAUAUCUCAUGCUCCUGGGACGGGGAAGACCCGUCUAACAAUUGUUUUUCUCCAGACAUACAUGAAAUUACAUCCAACAUGCAGGCCAGUCAUUGUAGCUCCUCUUAGCUUGCUCCUUACCUGGGAAGAGGAGUUUCGAAAGUGGAAGUUUGACAUUCCUUUUCACAAUUUGAACCAGUCGAAGUUGUCUGGCAAGGAAAGUCUCACAAAUAUCAUGGAAGAUAACCUCUCGUUGAAUCAAGGUGGACACCUGGACCAAAGUGUUAUCCGUUUGUUGAAGGUGUAUUCCUGGAAAUUGAAUAGUAGCAUUCUGGGAAUUAGUUACAAUCUGUUUGGACAACUUGCUGGCACUGCUCUGUUCAGGGAAGUGCUUCUUGAGGUUCCUGGCAUUGUUGUUCUUGAUGAAGGGCACAUUCCUCGCAAUUUGGGUAGUCUUAUCCUGAAGGCUUUGUCAAAUAUCAAAACUGACAAGCGGAUUAUUCUUUCAGGAACUCCUUUUCAAAAUAAUUUUGAUGAGCUAUAUAACACUCUGUGCUUGGCAAGGCCGGAGUUUACAAGAAUAAGAGGCAAAUGGGAGUCUCUUACGAGUCCCAUCACCAAAGGCACGAAUGACAGAAGAUUGAAAAGUGAGAAUCUGAAGAAGGUUAGAGAUAUGAUUGACCCAUUUGUGCAUGUACACAAAGGUUCAAUACUACAAGAAAAACUUCCUGGGUUGAGGGACUCUCUGGUCAUAUUACAGCCAACCCAACUGCAGAAGAGCCUCUUUGGUGAACUCUCUCAACAUAUUACACGAUCCCAUUCUAACCAUUUAAACCAUUUUAAAUCUGAUUUUUUAAAGUCUUUGAUCUCUGUCCAUCCUUCACUGUUGCUUAAGUGUGGGGAAGAGGAGUUUCCUUCUGAGAGGGAUAGGUUAAAAGGAUUGAAUCAUGAGGCUGGAGUCAAAACAAAUUUUUUAGUGGAACUCAUCCGGCUUAGCAAGGCUUUGAACGAAAAAGUUUUGGUUUUUAGUCAAUAUCUUGAACCGUUGACCUUUAUAAUGGACCAGCUUAAAUUUCUUUUCAAUUGGACCGAGGGGAAUGAGGUGUUGUAUAUGCAUGGACAUCUAGAAGCAAAGCAGCGCCAAUCCUCAAUUAAUAUUUUCAAUGAUCCAACUAGUGAAGCAAAGGUAUUACUUGCGUCCAUAAAGGCUUGUUCUGAAGGUAUAAAUCUGGUUGGGGCUUCUAGGGUCGUUUUACUGGAUGUGGUAUGGAAUCCAUCGGUGGAAAGGCAAGCCAUAUCCCGUGCACAUAGGCUAGGCCAGGAAAAAGUUGUAUACAUCUACCAUCUCAUUGCCACUGGGACAAAUGAAGAGGAGAAAUAUUGUCGACAAGUUGAGAAGGACUUGUUGUCUGAGUUGGUAUUCUCUUCUUCGGGCGGUAGUGGUGAUCAGCAGAAAAUCUCACCUUUAGUCUCUGAUGAUAAAAUUUUGGAAGAGAUGGUUCAACAUGAGAAACUUAGACAUAUUUUUGAAAAGAUCCAACAGAAAGAGUCUAAACUGAUUUGAGACUUUAACCAUCGAGCACCUGAGGCUGAAAUCAUUUUGUGUUUGGUUCGAGAAGUCUGGUGGCAUUAGAGAGCUUCCAGAAAGGCUUUGCGAAAAAGUGUAUCAGUAAAUUUUAGAAAAAUGCAAAUGGUUUGCUUCAACUGGAUUUCAUAAUGAUAGGUUAUUCACAAGCUUGGUAAAUAUAAAUGUUCUACCUGUGAUCUUUUAUGCCACCAUAUACUCUUUUUGCGUUAUAGAAUCAAUUUUCAUCAACUGUGAAAUUUCUUGAGAUCUGAUUUAAUUCAUGGUUCUGGUUGCGCUUUCAAA